AUGGACGCCGCUGAGGAUGAGAUCGAACAGAUCACACAGCUGUACGGUAGCUUCUCUCCCGGCGUCGCAGACGAGCACAACCACACCCUCAUAUCUCCUCUCCGGUCACCGUCACACGACCCGGAUGCGUUCGUGAACACCUACCGUCCCAGAUAUGCCCCACAGGUCCCACCCCGCCCCUCCUUGACACCGGUCGAGGAGGAAACUCUCCUUAUGCCACCUAAUCCACGUCUGCCUACUCCAACCGAACCCUUCAUACCAUUCACCUCCCUCUUCACACAUCCCGAGCGAAAUGGUUACGGCGCAGCCGACAACACGUUCGCCGCGCUUGCAGGCGCUGAGGACCCUUUCUCACCCGAUCGCUACAGGAAGGAUGGGACCCAGGGAAACCAAGUAGGAUACGACCCACUGUCUCAUCGGCCCCGUGACCUGACGCCACAAGUAGUGGCGCCGGCACCUCAGAUCGUGGCACCUCAACCACAGUCGGGGGCUACUCUAGACCAGAUCCUGGAGAUGCUGAGGGCUCAGAACGUGUCUCGGACAGGCCGAGCUCCCCGCUCACACUCAGUGGUAUCUAGCAGCCGCGCUUCCUCUCGGGUGGAAUCUCGAGCUAGCUCACGCUCACGUACCCCUGCCCAUCACUCGUCUCGAACUGACUCCGCAUCUCGGGCUAGUUCACGCUCGCGCACACCCACUCGCCGUUCACCUCGGGCUGACUCCGCAUCUCGGGCUAGCUCGCGUUCACGAACACCUACCCGUCAUUCCACCUCUGCGCCGGCCGCUCCUCAGACAGCACACAUGUCGCCAGAAGCCCUCUACGAGAUACUUCAUCGGCAGUACGGUCAGAACCAGACGACGGCUCACAGGGUCUCCCCUCCCAGCUCCCCUGCGGCACGAACACCCACGGCUUAUGCUCACGCAUCCGCUCUACCUCGGGGGACCGAUCGCGUCACAAACCCUUCGCAGUACCACGCCGUGUCGAUAGGCCGGGAGGAGAUGUUAUUCCUACCCCCACGCCCCGACAAGAUUCAGGCAACGAAACUCGAGCUUCAUAACGCAAAACACAUACCUGAAUUGAGUCGAGCCGCUGGGAACUGGUUGACGUGGAGCGAGCGUAUUGUCAGUUUUGUCCAUAGUCACAUGAUGGUCGGAUUCAUCGAAGGCUGGCUGACAAUGCCUAACCCCGCCGAAAACUACGACGGUGCGACAGAGUGGAUAAAGGCCAACAACGUCAUCCUGGCACUGAUCCGGGAGAAGUGUACCUCCGACGAACGCGAUCACAUCGCGCCGGCGAAGACUGCCUUUGAAGCGUUCCACAUGCUGAAGGGCCGUCACGAAGAGCUCGGACCCAUCUACAUGGUUCGCCUGUACCAACGGUUCUUCGACACGCACUUCUCCAGGGCCGAGCGUUUCGAAACCACCACGAAAUGUCUUCGCGACAUGUCCCACCAAAUCUUCGCCAUGGGCCCACCGUCCGAAGACCAGCUGUUCUCUAUCGGUCUGAUGCAUGCCCUCGGCCGCGAAUACCCCACCAUCCGGAACGAAGUCGCCACUCAGAUGAACUCCGCACGACACGGAGGGCACUUCGACUCCAACUCGGUACUGCAACGCCUCGAUGUAGAGCAGGCAGCGAUCGACUUGGACGGUGGCGCAGUCGCGAUGGCCACGAUGACAGGCAAGUACGCUGGGCCUACCGGCUGUGGUAACUGCAAAAAGCCGCAUCUGACAGAGAACUGCUGGGCGCCGGGGGGGAAGAUGGCCGGACGUCGGGAGGAGGUGUUAGAGGCACUACGGAAGGCGAGAGGUGGCCAAUCGUCCAGCACCAACGCACCGGCACAGAGCUUCAAGCCACCAGUAGCGAAACCCACGACCAACGUCGAGACACGCCACUAUGUCCCUGUAGAUAUGAAUGGCCAAUCUGUGCUACUCGACUCGACGACGGGCAAGAUUUACACGACUACACCUAUGGUCGCGGCGGCCACCGAAGAAGCUCAACCAGAGUUUGCGGGUCUCGCAACUGAUACUCUGACGCACGCGCAGAUCCGAGACAUCGACGGUGACGCCAACCUCGAGGAGUACCAGACGUUCUUCCUGUCGACGACGCCUCUGCGGACAAACCUGAACUGGCGAUCAUGUCUCCGCGCCAAUGUCCUAUCCGCGAUCUCCACAACGCCCUUACAACAGUCUCGUCCGACGGUUGUCAACCCCGACAAGGUACCAUUCUAUCUUGACUCGGGAGCCUCCACGCACGUCACCAGCUGCAUCAAGGACUUCUACACCUUCUCGCCCGUCGACCCGCGCCCGAUACAUGGUGUUAACGGUUCGUCGAUCUUCGCCUUGGGCAUUGGCACUGUACGCCUUUCCACGGGAACACCAGUAGCAGACGAUUAG